GCGGCUAGUGGGGCUUGGGCAAGACGCGGCGGUAGGUAGUCCCGAUUCAUCAGGGGAGCAGUCAGCCGGAUCGAGGGGCCGAGGAGAAGCUCUAGGUUGGCAGGGGUGGCUUAACUGAACCCCUUGCGCAAGGAGACGGCUUCGAUUUCCCAGCCCCGGGUACCCUUCUCCCUAGCCCUGUGCAAGGCUGUCGCACUUCCGUUCUUCGGUUGCUUGUCCCAAUUCACUGCCCAUUGUUGCAGCGAAGGUGUCUCCCCCUGGAGGGUUCCGGAGCUUGUCGUUUGCUUCUUGGCUUACCAGUACGGGCUUUGGUUUGGCAGGCUGCCAACAGAACGGAUGCCAGCCCCACGCAGCACCAAGCCUGCAGGCAGUAAGCAGCCCUGCCCAGGCAGAGUGCCAGCUGUGGAGAAUGCCCAAGCCAAGAAGGAGGAAAGCUCUCAGGCGAAACGAUCCCCUUCCUCACCGCAGGGGGCACCCAAGAAGCGUUCUGCCUUUGGGGAUAUUACCAAUGCUCACAAGACUCAACAUAUAUUGGGAAAGAAGGAGACGGCAAAAGCAGCUUCCAAAAAGGCCCCAAAGGGACUGAUCGUAGUGGGCGUUGCAAAGAACAAUGAGAUUAACCUUAAAAAGUCAGCAAGCAAAAUUUCCUCUGAGGACACACCAGCUGAGAAGGUUCCGGCAGAGAAGGCAGAUCCUUCACAGCCGCCAGCGAAUCAAGUGGCUUUGGUACAGGUGAGGCCAAUUGAGGACAUUGACAAGGGGCAGCAAGACGAUCCUUACGCCAGCGCUGAAUAUGCCAAGGAUAUCUUUAACUACAUGCGGGAGCGUGAGGAAAAAUUCGUGAUCCCGGAUUACAUGAAGAAUCAGCCUGAUAUCACCAGGGACAUGCGGGCCAUUCUGGUUGACUGGAUGGUGGAGGUGCAGGAGAACUUUGACCUCACUCAUGAGACACUUUACCUGGCAGUCAAACUGAUGGACCACUAUUUGGUGAAGGUGACCAGCUUGCGGGACAAGCUGCAGCUCAUUGGCUCCACAGCCAUCCUCAUUGCCUCCAAGUUCGAGGAGCGCUGUCCCCCCUGUGUGGAUGACUUCCUGUACAUCUGUGAUGAUGCCUACAAGAGAGAAGAACUCAUCUCCAUGGAAAUGAGCAUAUUGCAAACACUUCACUUUGACAUAAAUAUUCCUGUUGCGUACCGCUUCCUCCGCCGCUUUGCCAAGUGUGCCCAUGCUACCAUGGAGACUUUGACACUGGCCCGAUUCAUCUGCGAACUGACCCUGCAGGAGUAUGACUUUGUCCAGGAGAGCGCCUCGCGGUUGGCUGCCAGCUGCCUGCUCUUGGCACUGAAGAUGAAGAACCUUGAUGGCUGGAACCCCACACUGGAAUAUUACAGCGGCUACUGCAUCCAGGAGCUCCAGUCUUUGGUUAAGAAGCUCAACUUCCUGUUGACCUAUCAGCACGAUGAGCGGCUCAAAGCUGUGCGCUGCAAAUACUCUCACCGGGUCUUCUUUGCAGUGGCCAAGAUGGUGCCUCUGGAUAUGCUGGAGCUGGAGGAAUCUUUGCAGAAGGCAAGCAGGAGAUCUUUGUCAUAAGCCAUAGCAAAGUAGCUGCCAUGUAAAUACUGUGUAAAUAGAGGCAAUUCUCAACCUUGAACGCUGUGUAUAUAACUUUUUUUUAAAAAACUGUGUGGAAAAAAUUGAAAAGAAAUGUGUGUGUGUGGAGGGGGGGUGUAUAAUAGGAAAGCUUUCAA